AGUCACACGGAGGCGGAGCACGGAUGCCUCACGGCCAAGGAUGCGAGAGUCAAACAGCAGGUGGAGACUGACUGCUGAAGGAUAGAACCAGACGAGAAGCGACCACAUAAUCUCAAACACAUUCGAUGACGAAGAGGGGAAAUAUCGGUGACCUGAUAUGCUUUAAACGAGUGGGACCUGAUAGCGUGAACCAUGGUGGACCCAUUGGAACCUGAUGACCAGAGUAAAUUCAGAGGGGCCCAGUUUGAAAGCCCCGCUGCAGCCUCUGAAGCACCAUGUCUACCUGAGCCAGGUGAUGAUAGAGAGAAAGAUGUUAGUGUGGAUUCCAGCCCACAGACAGAGCCCAGUACUGAACCUGUACCGAGCUCUCAAGAACCAUGCCAGCAGCAAAACAGUCAACCAGAAGAGCAAAAACUACAUCUGGACCUUUACAAUUUCGACUCACCAGCUGCAGAAGGCAGUCGGUAUGUACUGACAAGCCCUCGCUCUCUCGAGGCAUGCGCACGAUGUGGACUGAAACCUGUGGAGCUUCUGCCUCGUCCACUGUCUGAUUUUGCCCGUGAGGCACCCGGCCGGAGUAUGCGUGUCGCGACAGGAAUGUUUGAGAUAUAUGAGCGGGAUAGACAUGCUAAACUCCGACACUGCAGAGAGGAGAGAGAGCGGAUUAUCAGAGAGGAGAAGAGGAGAAUUCUGCAGGCAGCUUUAAACAAUAAUGCUGGUCCACUGGCUUCAGAGAAGUCACGGGAAACUGUAAAUGCUGGAUUGUCUCAACAAACCAAUAAUAAUUUAACAGAUCCAGCCCCCAAAAUAACACCCACUUACAGUGGUACACCUAAAAAACAAUUUACAUCAACUAUCCCUAAAAGCAUGACAGCAGGUUCAGGACAAGUUACUACAGUGUCCACAUCCAGUUCUCCUCCAAAAGUCAGUCCAGUGAACUCUGCUUCUACCGCUAAAGGAACUUCUGCAAAAAAGUCUAAGUCCCUUGAAGCAGAAUCUGGGGGAAAAUCUCAAGGUCCAAAACCUUCAAUAAUCCAACGAUCGAUUCAGUCAGCUCCAGGAGGUCAGGGCUCAAAAAAACCCUCCAGCGCCCAUACAAAGGCUCCAAAUACUUUCCCCAGAUCAGUAACAAAACCUUCUUCCUUUCCAAGGACACCAACUUCACUUGCCCCAAUAGUGUCAAAAUCUGCUGUCCAAAGUCCUGCCAAUGGCAUCACAAGUACGUUUGCACAGCACAAUGGGAACAUCUUCUCUAAAUCAAAGGCUAGAUGCAGAAGCCACUCACUGGAGUCUUUGCAACGGAGGCGUGACACGUUUUGUUCCUCUACUGCUUCAACAACAAACACCACAACUACCACAUGUACCUCCUCUGAAUCUGCUUCCUCAUCCUAUAGCUGGGAAGGGGCAAGAGAUCACUGGGCUAAGACAUCAAGCCCUCGUGCCCGGACUUUAGCUACCUUUAACUCCCUGAUGGGUCGCAGUUUGAGCUUGGGAGAUCUUAGCCACUCUCCACAGACUAUGCAAAAAGUCGAGCGCAUUGUGAAAGAGGUGAAACGGCGAGGACUUAAAGCUGUCCCAGAACGAGACAGAAAGAUUGCUGCACUAAUGCUAGCCAGGUACCAAGAGGAGGACAUAAUGAGCCAGACACGCUACGUAGCACACCUGCAAUGGGAUAGUGAGCGCAGACUAGAGGAGCUCCGAAGGGAACGUGAAGAGCGAGAGAAACAGAGAGCUGUGCAGCAGUGCCAGCGUGCCUGGCAGUCACAGGUUUCUACCCGACAGCGCUGGCUUAACCAGCAGGAGCGUGAUGUGGCAGAAGCUAAACUUCGCCAAGCAUUGGAAAGUGAGGAGCGUUGGAAGGAACUGGCUGAGCAACAAGAACGCAGCCGGUUGCAGAAACUGCAACAGACUGCUCGUGAGGAGAAACACAAGAAGGCAUUACAAGAACAGAACCUUAAAUCUCUCGAGGAGGAGCGUGCUGCUAUUCUUGAGCAAGAGAAACUGCUCCUUAAGGAGAAACUGACCAUCGCUGAGCUGAAGCGACAGGAGCGAGAGCACCAAAUUCAAGAGGAGCGUCGUGGACUCAACCGUGCCGAGAAGAGGCGCCAUGCAGCUCUUAUCCAAGAGAUUGCACGCCGAGAAGCGGACGAGCGUGAAGAAGCACGGAGAACAGCUGAAGAGAAGUUAAGUAGGUCUUUGGAAAACUAUGAGCAAAUACAAGAAAAACGUGGGCAAGAGUUAAAGGAGAAAGCUAAGCGAGAAGAGAAGCAGAUCCAGAAAGCAAGACGGGCCGCUGAACUACGUGAGCAACAGCAGAAGGAACAGAUGGAGGCAAGGGCUAGGGAGGCUGAAAGACGUGCACAACAAGCCACUCAAAUAGCUGAAGAGAGGGCACGGGAAAAGGCCCAACGUGUGGUUCAAAGCCGGCAGGAAAAAGAACGACUCCAAAGGCUUAAUCGUCAACGCGUAGAGGAGGAGGAGAAACAGCGCCGCCUAGAACUGUUGCAGUCCAUUGAGCGCAAACUGGAAAAAAGUGAACAGAUUUUCAGAGAAAAACGGGCAGUUUUGGAAAGUGCCCGAUCCGUGGCGCGUGCAUCUUUCCACGUGCGUGAUCGUGUUCGUGAAGAGACAAACAUGCGCACCUUUGACAAGAUGGCCCUGGAGGCUCAGUUAAAAGCAAAUUUAGUUGAGAAGUGAUCACUUCAUCUGUGCAACUUAAUAAUUACUCUCUCCAUGCACAUCUGUCUAGAAAUAAGUUGAGCUUGAGCCUACAUGCUAGCCUCAUCGCCAAACUACAGCAACAAUAUUGAUGGUCAUGCCCUUAAGUCUUGUAUUUAAAGAUUCAUUUAUUCCUGAUGCUGGAUCAUUUUCAUCAUGUAAUUUAAAUAAAUAUUUUUCUGUAUUUAUAUAUUUAAAAUUUUAAUCUAAGAACUUUGUGCUUAUGUGUGUAUGAUUAUAUGUCGGGGCAUGUUUUUUUUUUUUUUUUUUUGUAACUUGGCAGCCAUGUUGCUUUGAGAACUGUAUAUAAUGAGUUCAUUGUUUACAAGGAAGUUUGACACUAUGGUGGCAGUGAUGGCUUCUUUCUAAGGGUAGCUUUAUUCCUUAGAAAAAGAAAAGGAAAAGGGGAUGGGAUGGGAUGGGAUGUUUCUCCCAUAGAAAAUCUUUUGAGGGAGACUCUUCUUUUAGGAAUCUUGGCCAUAGGAGAGUGAGCCAUGACUUGACUGUGUGUAAACCAAACUCUAGCUAAAUGCUGACUGAGCAUUACAUCCUAGAGUCAGGACAUGACACAGAAUGAUGUCAGCACAGCCUAACUGCUGAAGAAGCACAGGAGUCUCUGGUCAGCAACAGACCAAUCAGGGCUUAAAUCCAUACUGACAUCCCCUGCAUUCCUUCAGGUGUGCUUAUUUUCUUUUCUCACAAGCUUCAUUUUUGGUAUUCUACUUCUCAUACGGCAUGUUCAGAAUGGAAUACUAGCUUACUUCUUUGUGCAGUAUAAACUAAACAUUAGUGUUCAUUAUACAGAAAUAUUUGACCACUGAAUUCAACUAACCAGUUAAGGCCCGUUCACACCAAGAAUGAUAACUAUAAAGAUAACGAUAUUAGCGUCCACACCAGUGAACGAUAUUGUCUGUGUAUUCUAAGCGGACACACAUCUGCUGCUUUAAAUUCUCAAGCACAUUACAGCAGGAUUGAUUCUGAUUGGUUGGCAAUGUUUUUAUCGUUCAUCAGAAAAAAAAAAUAUCGUUCUGAAAGUGAUUCCAAUGAUAUUGUUUCUCUGUGCCUUUAUCGUUAUAGUUGUGGUGUGGACUCCGCUAUUCUUUAAUAUUGAGAACGAUUUUUAGAACUAUAUCUUUAUCGUUAUCUUUAUAGUUAUCGUGCUUGGUGUGAACGGGCCUUUAGAAUACAUUUUUCUGAGGGCUUCAUCAUGUCACUACGACUAAGGAAAUAAAUAUGAUUAAAUUGCAUUUUUAAUUUAGCUUUCAGUCCAAUAAAACAUUGACGAAUGUUCAUAUUACAUAAAACUUUGGUAUUUACGGUUUAACGAUGAGUAGGCAAAGCAAUAUAACAUAUAAGAAACAGGGUGCUUGUCAUUAAACUCCCACUGUACUAGAAAUGCUAUGUCAUCCUGGUACAUAUUUAGAGGAAAGGGUUGGAGGAGAGCUCACAUCGAUAUCUGUGAGAAAAGCACUGCUAUAGGCAUUUCAGUUCCUAUGAGAGCUUAACCCACACUGAUGCUUGUCACGGCAGCCAUCUGUCACAGGCUUUUUUUUGUACUUUGUAGCAGUCAACAACUGUUUUUAGGGCUAGCACAUUUUUCAGUGCCUCUGCAUACAGGCUUUUUAGAUGAUUAUUGCAUGAUAACUGCACAACAGAUUUAUAUAUUUAAAUUUGUUAUGCAAGCAAGUCUGAUAGUGCAGCUUAAUUAUUAGUUGUUUUAUAUAACAGAGUGAAAAGUAAAGUUUCUUUGCAAUAACUGUCUGUUAUCUGGUUCGUCUCUUCUGAUGCAGGUUUGGGAGUGGAGAAGAUGAUGAUGUUGGCAUCUGUGACCUGAUUCAGUAAAAAUAACCCCCAAGAGACUGCAAAUUUCACUUUGAUCACAGAUCCUUAUUCCCUUUCCGGCAGUGACUCAGCUAGGCAUGACGUAAUUGGAAGGUUUAAUAAACACUAAAGCCAUUUUAAUUCCAGCAUAUCCAGAUGGCAUAUCAACACCACUUUUAAUAUCAUAAAAGCCCAAAGAAACAAUUUAAUUUGAACAAUUUCAUAUUGUAUCAUGGGUUAAACUUGAGGGCUUUUUAAGUAGAAGCAGAAUCGUGCUGAAAAGGAACCAAGCUAAUAAUCUCAGUUUCAUGAGAAAAAAAAAAAAAAUGAAUCUGAAUGUAAUUCAUAAAGCUUUUCGGGCUAAUUGCAGAUUAAUAAAACAGAUUGUUUUGUUAAAAUGUUUUAUUGUUUCUUUUGUUUUAAGUGUAAAAGUAUAUCAAAUUGUUAUACUUUUUUUUUUAAUUGCAAUGAAAAUGUUUUCUGUAGGCUACAGAUGGUUUAUAUCUAGUUUAUUAAAAAAUGAAAUGCAGGGUAAUGCUUUACUUGAGAACCAACAAUUCAGUUUUGAAAAUGGCAUACUGUAUUUAAAUAAAUAAAUAAAAAUUAAAUCUGAA